CUAUUCUCACUGUGUAAGCACCUGGGGAGAGAGAGCACCUCUGAGGCUGACCUACCUGGAAUGUUCUAGCUCUUCUCUACCCCCUCCUCCGAACUGAAAAGCAGACACAACAACCUAGCUCAAAGCAGAGGACAAAGGGCAAGCUGGCCUCCUUUUUAAGAGCCCAAAUGCCCAGGCUGUGGUAAGAGUGUCUUUCCUGGUUCCAGGUGGCUUGAGUGAGAGCCCUGAUGUUUUCCUAAGAAAGCCAGAGAAGAGCCAGGCGUGCUAGCGAACACCUUUAAUGCACAGGCGGAGGCAGGUGGGUCUCUGAGUUCAAGACGAGCCUGGUCUACAGAGUGAGUUCCAGGACAGCCAGGACUACACAGAGAAACCCUAUCUGGAAAAGCCAAAGGUGAGAAAAAGCCAGAGACACAGUGAGACGGCCAUGUGGCUGCUGGCUAUGGACAGUCUGUGGCCUGUGGCCGUAUUCACAGCCAUCCUCCUGCUUUUGGUGGACCUGAUACAUCGGCACAAGCGCUGGACUGCCCGUUACCCACCAGGCCCUGUGCCAUUGCCCAUUCUGGGCAACCUGUUGCAAGUGGACUUCCAGAAUAUGCCGCAGAGCUUGCACAAGCUUCGGCAUUGCUAUGGUGACGUGUUCAGCCUGCAGAUGGGCUGGAAGCCAGUAAUCGUCAUCAGCGGACUGAGAGCCGUGCAGGAGGUGCUGGUGACCUGUGGGGAAGACACUGCAGAUCGUCCUCGAAUCCCAGCCUAUGAAAACCUGGGCUUCGGACCCAAAUCCAGAGGUGUUAUCCUUGAAUCUUACGGGCCCCAGUGGCGAGAGCAGCGGCGCUUCUGUGUGUCCACCCUGCGAAACUUUGGCAUGGGCAAGAAAUCGCUGGAGCAGUGGGUGACGGAGGAGGCUGGCCACCUCUGUGACGCCUUCACCAACCAGGCUGGGAGUCCCUUUGAUCCCAGCACGAUGCUGAACAAAGCUGUAUGCAAUGUGAUCUCAUCUCUCAUUUUUGCCCGUCGCUUCCCUUACGGAGACCCUUACCUCACCAGGAUGCUGAGCCUAUUGGAAGAAAAUUUGACAGAGAUCUCUGGCUUCAUUCCUGAGGUUCUUAACUUGUUCCCGGUGCUCCUGCGUGUGCCAGGGCUGGUUGAUAAGGUCUUCCCAACCCGGAAGGUGUUCAGGGCCAUGUUGGAGAAGCUCUUGAGCGAGCACAAGAUGACCUGGGAUCCUGCUCAGCCGCCCCAAGACCUGAUUGAUGCCUUCCUGGCUGAGGUGGAGAAGGCCAAGGGGAACCCUGAGAGCAGCUUCAAUGAUGCGAAUCUGCUUCUGUUGGUAGCUGACUUAUUCACUGCUGGGAGCGUGACCACGUCAACCACGCUGUCCUGGGCCCUGCUGCUCAUGAUCCUGCACCCGGAUGUACAGUGCCGUGUCCAGCAGGAGAUUGAUGAAGUCCUAGGGCAGGCUCGGCGCCCAGAGAUGGCCGACCAGGCCCGCAUGCCCUACACCAAUGCUGUCGUCCAUGAGGUGCAGCGCUUUGCGGACAUUGCCCCAUUGAAUUUUCCACAUAUGACGUCACGUGACAUUGAAGUCCAGGGCUUCCGCAUCCCCAAGGGGACAAUGCUCAUCCCCAACCUGUCCUCCGUGCUGAAGGACGAGACCGUCUGGGAGAAACCCCUCCAAUUCCAUCCUGAGCACUUCCUGGAUGCCCAGGGACACUUUGUGAAGCAUGAGGCCUUCCUGCCAUUCUCCGCAGGCCGCCGCGCAUGCCUGGGGGAGCCCCUGGCCCGCAUGGAGCUCUUCCUCUUCUUCACCUGCCUCCUGCAGCGCUUUAGCUUCUCCGUGCCCAAUGGACAGCCCAGGCCCAGUGACCAAGGCAUCUUUGGAAUCCCAGUUGCCCCCUCCCCCUACCAGCUCUGUGCUGUGCUGCGCCAGCAGGGACACUAAUUGCAGUCCUGUUCCUCAGGAAGGGCCAAGCCACGCACAAUAAACCAGUCUGUGGCCACUGCUGUUUCCUGCUCUCA